GUUCAUUCACACCACAUGAGGGCGAAACCCUUCUACAGGUUUUUGGUUCAACACGUUCCCUUUCGAUGACGUGACGCGAGGAGAGGUGAGCUGCCGCCCUGGGAGAACUCUCGGUUUUGACUCGUCUGCGGGAAGAAAAAAAAAAAAAAAACAACCAAACGACAUCUCGCGUUUACACGGAUAAAGUUGCAGAAGUUGCGUUGAAGUGCGCGCGCGCCUGAAAUGGAAGAAAUGGGAGACACCGAGUUUUCAGAGUCUCAAGCCGACAACGGCGCGGACAAAAUCGACAUGUCACUCGACGAGAUCAUCAAGCUGAAUAAAAAAGAGCAGAAAGCAAACAGAGCUGCGGACAGGGCCAGAAGCAGGCGUGUUUCAAACAGGAAUAAUGUGCUAAAGAAGCUCAACCAGACACCACAGGCACGGAGAGGCCUCAGACGAGGUUCGCUGCAGUAUCAGGGGCCAAUCAGGUCACGUGGGCUGAACAGGAGCAGAGGUUUGGGGAGACAAAGCGGGCUGAGUCCUCUUAACAGAGCUAAUUCCGAGACAGAAGAGCAACAAGUUCAAAGCACAGCCUCAGUGAGAGGCUCGUUCCGUGGGCGAGGAAGAGGACGAGGAAGAGGACGAGGAGGAUUGAGCAGGGGAGCUUUGUCAGCGAGAGGUCAGCGAGUUCCCCAGAGAGGCGGAAGACCAUUUGUAUUAGACAGAGGAUUUGCUGCUAUGAGAGGUUCCGGCAAAUUGGAAAUGUAUCAGAAAAUAAGAAGUCAGAGAACUACACCUACUCCCGGGACAAUGUUAACAGUGUCGCUGCCCAAUGCAAACUCGCCACCUGUGACUCAGGUGAGGCCACAGCGGGGUGGUUCAGCGUUGAGGGGCAGGUCAUCUGAGGCGUUGAGGGGUAGGUCAACUGAGGCGGUGAGGGGCAGGCCAACACCCAAAGGCAUCCCUCUGCACUUCAAUUACAAAGCAACCACCAACCAGACUCAGCUGUCCCUGAAUGAGCGCUUCACUGGUUUGAGGAUGAGAGGGCGAGGCCCAAGGUUAAACAGAGAAAGUGGGAGGGGUCGGGGGCAGGGACGUGGACGGGGACGAGGAAGAGGAGAGAUUGGCAGAGGAAGAGGUGGAGGAAGGGGAGUGAUAAAAGAAGGACCAGCUAUGACAAGAGGAGGAAGAGGAAGAGCUAGAGGUGGAGCAAGAGGAUUAGACCGAACCGUCUUUCUCCAGUGAUUCCAAUCACUUGGCCUGAAUGAAGUAUUAUUGCGGGGGGCACAUCUGUUUUCACAAUGACAGCCUGUUGGAUUGCUUUAUAUUUUUAACAUGAGAUUAGAGAAGCUGUUUUAUAGUCAACAAACCACAUUGUUAAAAGUUGACACCAAUGUAAUGUGUUAAAUGUUCAUUUUAAGCCCUGAUUUAAAAUAUAUAUAUAUAUAUAUAUAUAUAUAUAUAUAUAUAUAUAUAUAUAUAAUUUUUAAAGCUUGUAUUCAGGUUCACAUUUGAACGUUCUUAGAAUUGGACAUCACAUACCAAGCCUCAAAAUUCAAAGUGCCUUAACACUUAUUGUAAAUACAUUUUUGUUUACAUGGUUUAUAUUUGGGUGUUACCAAUCUUACAAAAGUGUUAUGAAAUAUACCAAAUAAAAUAUUUAAAAUAAAUAUG